UCUAAGUUCUAGGGGACUGAUGACCAUAGAUGUUAAGUCCCAUAGUGCUCAGAGCCAUUUGAACCAUUUUUUUCUUUCUCGUACCCAAGUGAAUGAAAUUUUAAAAAGAUCGGGAAGAUGGAGAUAGAUUGCUUCCAGUAACAAGUGAAUAUGGCUACUUGGUCGAAGGCAGCAUUAACAUUAGUUUUUUACAUUCCUAUUGAAUCAAAUGUUCCACUAUGUUACGUAUUCAGAAGUCUGUUAUAAGCCAACUCACACAAACCUUAGAUAUAACCAUUUUCUUCACUUUGCGGUCAUAAGAAAGUUCCAAAUAUUGGUGCAGUCAUUGUUGAAAUUGCCUUUACAAGGAAACGUGUAAAAGUUGGAUUGGGCAUUUCUCUGUAUACCCUCUGUAACAUUGUUUGUUGCAUUAGUAAGUAUCAAACAACUAAAAGAUAAAAAAAAUUCUAUUUCAGCUGCUUUUAAGAUAAUCAAAUCUUGGCUGCCAGCAAAAGCAGUUCAAAGUAUGAAAACGGUAAACAAAGCAUCAUUGAAGGAUGUUGUUCCACAAGAAUGUACCCUGAAAGCUUGGGGUGGCAUAGAUGAUUAUGAAUUUGUCUUUGUACCUGAGCAAAGGUCUCAACCACAUGAGAAGACAGAUGAAAAUAAAAAGAAGGUGCAUUUUGCUGAUGGUUCCCCCACAAAUGAAACGUUUUUAAGUGUUGGGGAUACACAGCAGAGGGCAGACACUGCAAUAAGUUCUGCCCUUGUCAUAUCACCAGCAGAUACCAUAAAUUUUGCUUUUGAUGGAACAGAAUUGACAGGAAGUAUAACUUUAAUGAAUACUGACGAAGGAAUUAUAUCAUAUAAGGUAAAAACUACAUCACCUGAAAAAUUCAGAGUACGACCAAGUACUGGUACUUUGAUGCCUUCUGCUUCUGUGUCCAUCAGUAUCACAUUACAGCCUGGUUACCAAGCACAAGGAUUGUCAAGAGAGAAAUUUCUUAUUAUGAGUCUGCCGGUUGAGUCUGGUAACAUGAGUCCAACGGAAUUGGCUGAUCUGUGGAGGCAAGCUGCAGGAAAACCAGUGUGUCAGCACAGAUUAAAAUGCCACAUUCCAUCUUCAAGCGACUCCUCUGCUCGGAAUGGCUCUGCACUUACAUCAAAUACAAUGGAUAUUGAUCAGCAAGUAAAACAAUUCUCAUCAAGUGUAUCUCAUCUGAGUGAGAGCCAGUUAAAGCUGUAUGCCGAGGUAAAGUUCCUGAAAAAAUUACAUAUUCUAUUGGUAAUUAUGGUGUUAUUUUUUGGAACACUUAUUACAUACCUUCUAACCCUUGAAAAACAAUAUGGGGGUCAGCACUGUUACAAACAGUAGAGUCUAAAAGUGUAAGGGUGUGUGUGUGUGUGUGUGUGUGUGUGUGUGUGUGUGUGUGUGUGUGUGUGUUUGUUUCACACAGUAAAAGUGAUUUGCCUCUGUAAAAAGAAAGAUAUUUACCUGUGUAAAAAUUUAAAUCUUUCACCAGUAUUUUUAUAAGCAGUUAGUAUUUGCUGUUUUCUCUAUUUUUAUGUGAAGUUUGUAUACCUGUGCUUCCAGUAUUGUCAUUUUUCAGAGAAAAUGUGAUUAGAAAAAAUGUAUCUAGUCAGCUCUGCCUCUCAAUAUCUCAGGCUAAUGUCAAAAUAAUAUAUUUAUAUCUUCAUUUUUAUAUUGUACAAAAUAUGAAAUGGGCACAAAUAUUUUAAGAAAAGAUCAAGCCCAGAAAAGGUGAUCAUUGUGAUGAUUUACUUUUCUUUUAGUAAUCUUAUUCCAUAGUGUUGCAGGAACUUCCUGACACAGCUCACAUUUGUAAUAAUGUGUUUUUUUUAUACAUUUUGUUUUUGCUGCAGCAGCAUGUCCAUGAUAAUUUUGUUAAACUGCAUUUAAUAUUUCUAACAAAAACAGUCUUACUUAUACUAAAGUUUUAAAAGUAUGUGAAGACUGAAUUUUUUAAUUUCUGUUUAUCUCUAAUGGUACAUUUAAGAUAAUUGCAAAAAUUUUUAAUACCAAUAUAAACAUGUUACACUCUAUGUAAAAUAUAAAAAAAGAGAGGAAAAUAUUUGGAUUAUAUGUAGCACUGAUUUUGUGUAUUGGACAUAAAAUUUUGAGUUAAAAAUAUUUUGUUUUUCAAUAUUUAAAAUGUUUAUUGAGAAUAGAUUUUUGAAGUUUUGAACUGACAGCUGGUCCAAAUAGAACAUUCGUGCCAUAUUUUUCCCUUUCUUAUUCUAUCACAAAAAAGUAAAUAUGAUUAUAGUUUUGUAUGCAUUAUAAUUUGUAGGAAACAUUCUGGAGAAUGAAUGCUGUGAUGUUAGACCACAUCUGCAACAAAAACAUAAGACAGGAAAAAGGUUAGAAAAUAUCAGUGUCAAGACAGUAUUAUUUAAUGAUCACACUGUCCGCCUGCAUUUGAAAAGUGUAGUUAUACUGACCUUUACAAAUCAUCUUCAUGCUAAUACUUCUUACUUAAACUGGAUUACCUUGCCACUAACAAUAUGGAGAGGAACAGAAGUUACACCUGGCACAUUCAAAAUAUGCUCAUAUGUACAGAAUUGAUAGUGCAUUGUUUCUA